AAAAUAAUGAAGGGGAAAAAGAACCAAAAUGAUUUUUCUCUCUCCUCAAACUCCAACUCGCAUCUGCUCGUCAUCUUCUUCCCCUUCCCCUUCCCCUUCCCCUUCGUCCUCCUCCAGCCUCCGGAGUUCUGAUUGCCUCUCCUUGUCCUCUUCUCCAACAAAACCACCAUCUUGUAGUUGUAGCACCGCCUCUAGUAGGUGGCGUCUCUGCCAUUGUGGGUUUUCAAUUUGGGGUACUUCCAACCACCUCUCCUUCUCAGCCGCUGCUAUUCUCGGUGUUGACGACAGUGUGUAAUGGAGGUCUCUUUGUGGAGGGCUCUUCUUCACAAUAUAUCGUCCUUUUUGAGUUUAUCAUCACGUGAUGGCUUUGAUGUCGAACCACUGCGAAAACGUUACCAGAAGAUGGAAGAAAUAUUGAAGCUGUUAAAGCCGAUAAUUGAUGCUAUCGUGGACACUGAAGUAGCCUUUGAUGAGCUUCUCAACAAGGCACUAGAAGAACUUGGAAUGUCUAUCGAUGAGUCACAAGAUCUCUUUGAGAGCUGGCAUCCUUUAGCAAGCAGAGUUGAUCUUGUAUUCCGAGCCGAGUCAUUGACAGCAAGGAUCCAGAAUUGUGUUCUGGAAUUCUUCUGGCUGCUGAAAGAUUCACAUCAGUCCCUCCCUGCGGAGUUGAGCUCAUCAUCUCUUGAGCAUUGCAUACAAAAGGUGAAGAGCAUAGGAUUAGAUACUACAUCUACAAUCAUCAGUGAUGCUGUGAAGGAUCAAACAGGCGACCAUGGCCCAAGCCCAGAGCAGCUCGUAAAAAUUGCUGAUUGCCUGGGCCUAAGGUCAAAUCAGGAAAUUCUAAUUGAGGCUGGGGCCCUUGAAAAGUUGAAGGAGAAUGCUGAGCAGGCUGAAAAAAAUGCAGAGGUGGAUGACUAUGAACAUUUGAUUUCUCUUGUCACACGCAUGCAUGAACGUCUUGUAAUGUUGAAACAGUCCCAGAGCUGUACACCUGUCCCUAUACCUGCUGAUUUUUGUUGUCCGCUCUCCCUUGAGCUCAUGACGGACCCUGUCAUCGUAUCCUCCGGACAAACAUAUGAACGUGCUUUCAUCAGGAAAUGGCUUGAUCUUGGUCUUACUGUAUGUCCAAAGACGAGGCAGUCAUUAGUUCACACCAAUUUGAUACCUAAUUAUACAGUUAAAGCACUUAUUGCAAACUGGUGUGAGAUAAACAACGUGAAACUGCCUGACCCUAUGAAGUCGAUAGACAAAGAUCAACCGCUGACCCUACUUUCCCCUAACGACUCUGGUUCUUUAAGGGAUUCUCAUACUAGGUCUAAUUCUAGAGGUAACCAACCUGCAUCACCUGAGUCGAUACGCUCUGCAGUUUUUGAUGGCAAAAGUUCCAGCCAUUCAAGUGACCGUCGUCGAGAAGGGGCUUCCCCAUCACAUCCUCGUUCUUCCUCAGAUAGCUCUAUGUUUCGCAUGGUUGAGAGAGAACACGGAUUGGAUAUUGGGAGAAUAUCUCUGGAAGACAGGUUAAGCAACUCAGAGAGAAAAAGUGUGGAUUCAAAUGGCCAGCGCCCUAUGUCGCCAGCACAUAGAGAUUAUUCUAAUGCUGUCAGUUCUCUUGAACAGCCAUCUGAAGGGAAUGAUGGAAUGUCCUUAAGUGGUAACAGAGUCCCGGAAACGCAUUUGGCUCAACGGUUAUCUGGAGAUGCUAAUCAGAUUUCGCAGAGUUCAGGUUCUGAUAGCCGUGAUGCUUCCGGAGAACUAUCGGAAGAACUACAUACUGCUGCCCCUGAGAGCACUUCCCAGAGAGAACACGAUUUUCCACCUAGACUUAUGGAUGCGAGAUCCCGUAGUCAAAAUAUUUGGCGCCGACCAUCAGAUAGGCUUGUUCCACGGAUGAUAUCUUCAUCGACCACAGAAACAAGACCCGAUCUCUCUGAAACUGAAGCUGUAGUUAAGAAGUUGGUUGAGGACUUGCAAAGUGAGUCAAUAGAAACACAAAGAGAUGCAACAACUCAAUUGCGGCUACUUGCAAAACACAAUAUGGAUAACCGAAUAGUUAUAGCCAAUUGCGGGGCCAUAAGAUUGUUGGUCGAUCUGCUACAAUCGACAGAUCUAAAGACACAGGAAAAUGCUGUGACUGGUCUUCUGAACUUGUCAAUAAACGAUAAUAAUAAAAUUGCUAUUGCAGAUGCAGAUGCAAUAGAACCCCUUAUUCAUGUCCUUCAGACAGGCACUGCAGAGGCUCGGGAGAACUCAGCUGCCACACUUUUUAGCCUCUCAGUAAUAGAAGAAAAUAAAGCGAAAAUAGGAAGGUCUGGAGCAAUUGGUCCUUUGGUUGAAUUGUUAGGAAAUGGGACUCCUCGGGGAAAGAAAGAUGCUGCCACUGCUUUGUUUAAUUUAUCUAUAUAUCAUGAGAAUAAGGCUAGAAUUGUGCAGGCUGGUGCAGUUAGGCAUCUAGUUGAAUUGAUGGAUCCAGCUGCAGGUAUGGUUGAUAAGGCUGUUGCUGUUUUAGCUAAUCUUGCCACAAUUCCUGAGGGAAGGACUGCCAUUGGGCAUGCAGGAGGGAUUCCUGUUCUUGUAGAGGUUGUUGAGUUGGGCUCUGCUAGAGGAAAGGAAAAUGCUGCUGCUGCACUUCUACAGCUUUGUACUUUCAGCUCCAGAUUUUGCAAUAUGGUACUCCAGGAAGGAGCUGUUCCACCUUUGGUUGCUUUGUCACAAUCAGGCACUCCCAGAGCUAGAGAGAAGGCUCAAAGUCUUCUAAGUUACUUUAGAAGCCAACGUCAUCAAAAUUCAAGGGGUUGACUUCCUAAAACUUUUCAAGGUCGAUAAUUUUGUUUGUAAGUUCUGUAAAAUGUAAAUUUGACAUGCAAAUAAUGCUUAUGAUUUUUAGCACGACAUAUUGUUGGCAUAGUUUGCUGAGUGCAAUUGAGAUCAUUAUUUCUAUGAA